AUGUCUGAUGAAUUACGCAACAUUUUCGACCCUAGCUUCCACCAGAACGCCUAUGCCCUCCUCACGGCUGUCGUGUUGUUCCGCGCCAUUUAUGUCAUGGAAGUCAACAUCCGGCCCAGAUUCCGGUCCAAGGAACGCGAAGCAGCGAACCCCAGGCCUCACGGUGGAGUAGCAGCUGUCAAGGCUCGCGAGGAUCAGCGUGAUUUGGUAACGCUUCGAGUCAUGUGGCAGAUGAUUACUUUCGGGCUGAGCAUCUUCCUGGGCGGUUUCGCAAUCUGGCAUCUCGACAAUGAGUACUGCUCAAAGCUUAUCAAAUGGCGGAGGGAGAUUGGUAUGCCGUGGGGGUUUGUGCUUGAAGGGCAUGGCUGGUGGCAUCUUAUGACGGGUACUGGAGCAUACUAUUAUAUUGUAUGGGGUAUCUGGCUCAGGCAUCAUCUCAAUUACAAGCAGAAUGAGUAUGAGCUCGAUUGGCCAAACUUUUGGACUGUACCGGAGAUCAAAGGGAAGGGCUCUUCAGCGGCGAGAGAUCAAGCAAAAGGAAGGAAGGAACUAUAAGUUCCAUGUGGUAGCUUCGCGGUGCUGCAUUAUAUACAGAUGCAAUGGCACGACUAGUGGAAGUAAACAUCGAGCCUCGGAACCCCUCGCUUAAUUUUGGGACGGAAGGCGCGCCUCACAUGCGGUUAUAGGACAGCUUCACCAAAUCACGGCAUGACAAGUAGUGACGAUACUAAAGUACGGAGAAUGCAUAAGACCACACAGUCCACCAA